AUGUGGACUGUACUUCUUCUGCUCGGCGCGACUAUCCAAUUUGCGUUGGCCCAGAACGGCGCUUUCAGCUGUGCCAAGUUCUGGCCAGGUGUCAAACCUGGAGACCACUUCACCGUCGCCGGCCAGUGCCAAAUGCUAGAGGGCUACCCCAAAACCAUUGGAAACACAAAAGUGAGCGUCAUCUACACCGAGGACUGGAGUAACAGUGCCAAGCUCGUCGAUUCCCUGCUGCACGAAGCCAUCACCGAGAGUGUUGCCUACUAUGGGAAUUUCGCAACGGUUCCAGACCUCGUCAUCAUCCUCGGGGCAGCUGCGAGCUCCGCUUCUCUCGAUGCGUCGUUUCCCAUACCAAACGGCCCCUGCCAGAUCCGAAGCUUUGAGUUUUGGGGCGCGGAACAGGCUCUCAAGAUGGAUCCAAAGGCCAUGCAGGGCGUUGCCCAUGAGAUCUACCACUGCGUCCAGCAAGAGUUCAACGGAGGACAGACCCCUCCUAACAGCCCGUCACGGUGGGUGGUGGAGUCGUCGGCCGACUAUUUUAGCAACCUCGUGUUCCCUCGGGUAAAUGCUGAGUGGAGGGCUGCCGCAUAUUACGACCCAGGGGUCCCCAUCUGGAGGAAUGAGUACAACGCCAACAUAUGGUUUCAGUCUCUCGAGCCCUCGCACGACCUGACUUACAUCCAUCAGUUUGUCACGUCAACUGUUUUUACAAACAGCGAAAGCGAAGAGCGGGCCCGUCUGACCGCUUAUGCCACAAUGGCAGACGACUUUUUCGAAUUUGCCAAAUCCUUCACCAUUGGUUCGAUCGUAGAUUCAGGUGGUGGAUAUGUCCCGAGAAUCAAUACUCCUGACGAGAUUGGUGUCAUAUGGUCUGUCGAUGAGGAUGCCACCGAGGGAACUGCCGUCUUGGAAACCUUCCCGUUUACCAUAAGGGAGUUUUCAACGUCCUUCGAUCCAGGCCAGAAUAUAAAGCUCUAUGCGUCCACCACAGGGAACCAGCGACUGGCAUGGAGGCUUGCAGAUCCAAACACUUGGAAUGCAUUCCCUGGCGAUGCAUCAGGCGGUGGAUCAGAAGGUGUCAUUACUAUUCCUUGUGCCUCGGACCCAGUAGCGGUUUUUAUACUUUUCACCUCGACCGAAGACAAAGACACAGACAAGGUUGAGAUCAGC